CGGGGGCCGGUUCCGCGCGCUGAGAUUUUUAAAUGUCCCGCUCUUCGCCGGGCGCAGGAGCAGCCGGCUCGACCGCCAGCACGGUGUAGGGGGCAGGCGCGGAUCCCGCCACCGCCGCGCGCUCGCCGCCGCCGCCGCCCGGCUCCCGGCCUCCCGCUCGCCCCUCCGCCCUCCUGCCUCCGGCCUCCGCGCGUGCUGCCUGCCUGUCGCGACCCGGCUUCGGGCCUCAGGUCUGACCCCGCGCCCCACGCCAUGCCGAGGGAGAGAAGGGAGAGGGAUGCCAAGGAGCCUGACGGCAUGAAGGAGGAGAGCGGCGCCGAUGUCUCUGCUCACUCCAGGAAGAGGAAGGCAAAUGUGGCCGUUUUUUUGCAGGACCCAGACGAGGAAAUUGACAAAAUCGACAAGCCCGCCAGAAGCGAGAGCGGCGGUCAGCCUUGGGACGGCCGCGCAGCCUCCGAGAACCCGUGCUCCCUGAUCCCCACGCCAGACAAGGACAAAGACGAGGACGAGCUGGGGUUCCCCAGCUCUGCGCACAAGACCCCCGUCGCCAGGCCGGCCCGAGCCACGCCGCUGCCCAUGCUGAACUGGGCGAACCGCGAGGAGGUCUGGAAGAUCAUGCUGAACAAGGAGCAGACGUACCUGCGGGACACGCACUUCCUGCAGCGGCACCCGCUCCUGCAGCCGAGGAUGCGGGCGAUUCUGCUGGACUGGCUGAUGGAGGUGUGCGAGGUCUACAAGCUGCACAGGGAGACGUUCUACCUGGCGCAGGACUUCUUCGACCGCUACAUGGCCACGCAGCACGACAUCGUGAAGACGCUGCUGCAGCUCAUUGGCAUCUCGUCCCUGUUCAUCGCCGCCAAGCUCGAGGAGAUCUACCCUCCCAAGCUGCACCAGUUCGCGUACGUCACCGAUGGGGCCUGCUCGGGGGACGACAUCCUCACCAUGGAGCUGAUCAUCAUGAAGGCUCUUAAGUGGCAUUUAAGCCCCCUGACCAUCGUGUCCUGGCUGAACGUGUACAUGCAGGUGGCCUACCUGAACGACCUGUACGAGGUGCUCCUGCCGCAGUAUCCCCAGCAGGUCUUCAUCCAGAUCGUGGAGCUUUUGGACCUCUGCGUCCUGGACGUCGGCUGCUUAGAGUUUUCCUACGGCGUCCUGGCCGCCUCCGCGCUGUACCAUUUCUCCUCGUGCGAGCUGAUGCAGAAGGUCUCGGGGUUCCAGUGGAGCGACGUGGAGAAGUGCGUCAAGUGGAUGGUGCCCUUCGCCAUGGUCAUCAAGGAGACGGGCAGCUCCAAGCUGAAGCAGUUCCGGGGCGUUCCCGCCGAAGACGCCCACAACAUCCAGACACAUCUGGGCAGCUUGGACCUGCUGGACAAAGCCCAGGCGAAGAAGGCCAUGUUGUCUGAACAAAAUCGGGUUUCUCCUCUCCCGUCCGGGCUCCUCACCCCGCCUCCGAGCGGCAAGAAGCAGAGCGGCGACCAGGACGCAGCGUGACACUCCAGCCUCCUCACCAAAGACAGUCGUGCCCAGCCGCCUGCGCCCGUGCCCACGGGCCUGCGCCUGGCACCACCUCGGCCGCCCGGACUCCCUGGGAGAGCGUCCGCUCCCGAAGCACAGGUGCUCCGCGGAUGGCGCGGGGCGGGGAGAGGCGUCCUCACGGCCGCUCACGUUCCUCUCCUGAGCGGGCAAGGGCCCCGGCCGCCUCCAGAUGCUGCUACGGAGGGCGCCGCUCGGCACGACGGACACUGAGGCCGGGAGCCGAGGGCGCGCGGAGCUGCCGCCUCCCCGCGGGUGUGCCGGGUGCCCUGGGUGCUGGUGCUGUGCGGGGUCGGUGCGGGCGCUGGGCCGUGGCCACGGCUGGCGCGCUGGGCCCGCCCUCCGAGUUAUCAGUUGACAAUGUACAACGCUUUCUAUGAACUGUCGUUCCCGAGUGCUGCUACGUCUGUCUGAUUUUAAUAAAGGUGACACUGUCUCUGAGACAGCCGGUUCCACGA